GUAUGACUAUGACCUCCUUUUCUUCCCGAUUAUAUAAAGGGCACCCUCUCCUCUCACAAUCUUCACACACCCACAUAGCAAACCAAGGCCAAGCUAGCUAGGAAUAAUGCUCGUCAUGGCUCAUUGUGGCUUCUUGAAUUUAGGGAUGCUGGGUCUUUGUGCCCUUCUUUUCUUGUGGGUUCUGCCUCAAGGAGCACAGGGUUCGAGCCGUGGUUCAUUCGGGUUAUCCAGUAUGGAUGGUAUAUGCGCCUCUUCGGUCAUUAUACACGGCUACACAUGCCAGGAGCUUCACGUGACAACGAAAGAUGGGUAUAUACUGAAUCUGCAAAGAAUCCCAGAAGGACGCUUUGGUGGUGCUGCUGGUAAUUCUGCAAAGAGGCCUCCAGUGCUAAUUCAACAUGGGAUUCUUGUUGAUGGGAUGACGUGGCUUUUGAAUCCACCAGAGCAAAAUCUGCCGUUGAUUUUGGCUGAUAAGGGUUUUGAUGUUUGGAUCGCCAACUCUAGAGGCACCAGAUUCAGCAGGAGACACACCUCCCUUGACCCCAAUGACCCGGAUUUCUGGGACUGGUCAUGGGAUGAGCUAGUGAUGCACGACAUGCCAGCAUUUUUCGAAUAUGUCUACACCCAAACAGGGCAGAAGAUAGAUUAUGUGGGCCAUUCCUUGGGGACAUUGAUUGCUUUGGCAUCAUUUUCAGAGGGAUUACAGGUAGACAAGCUAAGAUCAGCUGCCUUUUUGAGUCCCAUUGCUUACUUGAGUCACAUGACUACUGCACUUGGUGUUGUUAUUGCCAAAUCCUUUGUUGGCGAGAUCACUUCACUUUUGGGUCUAGCAGAGUUCAAUCCUAAAGGAGAGCCAGUAGGUCACUUUCUCAAAGUACUAUGUGCUCACCCGGGGAUCGACUGCUACGACUUAUUAUCAGCAAUUACUGGGCAAAAUUGCUGUCUCAACUCUUCUAUUGUUAACCUCUUCUUGAGGAAUGAACCUCAAUCAACAUCAACAAAGAACAUGGUCCACUUGGCUCAAAUUGUUCGUGACGGGGUGAUAGCAAGAUACAACUAUGGGAGGAUUGACUUCAAUAUGAUGCACUAUGGAGCAGCGUUGCCACCAACAUAUAACAUAUCAAACAUUCCUAAAGACAUUCCCAUCUUCAUCAGCUAUGGAGGCCGAGACGCGCUCUCAGACGUCCGCGACGUCGAGCUCUUGAUCGACGCCUUCAAGUUCCACGACGGAGAUAAGUUCAACGUGCAGCACAUCAAGGAUUAUGCUCAUGCCGAUUUCAUUAUGGGUGUCAAUGCUAAGGAUCUUGUGUACAACCAAGUUGUCGCCUUUUUUAAACGUCAACACUAAUGUUACUAUAAAAAUUGGAGUAAUUCCAUAACCUAUCCAAAAAAAAAACACACCUAGCUACCAAUACAAUAGCCUCAUGAGAAGUAUGUACGGAUGGAUGCACAUAAAAGGUGCUAUCUCUCUCUAUAUAUCCAGAAACAAGAACUUAACGAGCCAUCUUUGCAUUCCAAA